CUACACAAACGGUUUGGCAGACGAAAGCAAGGAAACGAAGUGAAAUAAACCAGCAACCCCCCUCUCUGACUCUGACAUUUUGCGGAGGGACUAGUGUGGAUUUUUAAAACUCUUUUCGACUUCUACCAGGGACAUUUUUUGUGCUUCGGCGACGUCCAGGCAAUAGAGUGAAGUUUGGACCGCGCGUAAUUGGGAGCGUUUAUUGCCACGCUGCGUCAGGAUGCGCGUCUAUCCGCUGCUGGUUUUCCUCUGUCUGCUGAGCGCUGGACGCGCUCAGAAGUUCUCUGCUCUCACGUUCCUGCGGGUGGAUCAGGAUAAGGAGUGCAACAUGGAAUGCAGCGGAGCUCCUCGCAAGCCCCUGUGCGCCUCCGAUGGCAGGACCUUCACAUCUCGCUGCGAGUUCCUCCGAGCCAAGUGCCGCGACCCCCAACUGGAGGUCAUCCGAGGGCCAUGCAAAGAUACAUCCAGAUGUGUAGCAGAGAAGAAGUACACAGAGCAGCAGGCCAAGAAGCUUUUCCCGCAGGUCUUUGUGCCUGUAUGCAACCCUGAUGGCACAUACAGUGAGGUUCAGUGCCACAGCUACACUGGAUACUGCUGGUGUGUCACCCCCAAUGGCCGACCCAUCAGCGGCUCUGCAGUGGCCAAUAAAAAACCACGAUGCCAAGGAUCAAAACAGGAGAGAGCAACCACAAGAGAACCAGGUAAAUCAGAUGAGACCGGCCUAGUGGUGGAUCCACAGCCUCCUGGAGAUGAAGAAGACAUGAUUUCCCAGUACCCCACUCUGUGGACGGAGCAGGUUCGCAGCCGACAGAACAAUAGAACCAGAGCACCAUCUUCAUCAUGUGACCAGGAGCAGCAGUCUGCCCAGGAAGAGGCAAGACAGCACAAGAACGACGCUGUGUUCGUCCCAGACUGUGCCCAAGGAGGACUCUACAAGCCGGUCCAGUGCCAUCCCUCCACUGGCUACUGUUGGUGUGUGCUGGUAGAUACCGGACGCCCCAUACCAGGGACCUCCACCAGGUAUGAACAGCCAAAAUGUGACGGCAAUGCCAGGGCCCACCCAACUAAACCUAAAGACCAUUACAGAAGCCGGCAUCUCCAAGGCUGUCCUGGGGCAAAGAAAACAGAAUUCCUGACAAGUGUUCUCGACGCGCUGUCGACAGACAUGGUGCACGCUGUCACAGAUCCAGCAUCCGCCGGAAGGAUGGCUGAGCCCGACCCCAAUCACACCCUGGAGGAGAGGGUUGUCCAUUGGUAUUUCAGUCAGCUGGACAAAAACUCCAGUGGUGACAUUGGGAAGAAGGAGAUCAAGCCUUUCAAACGCUUCCUGCGCAAGAAAUCCAAGCCAAAGAAGUGUGUUAAGAAGUUUGUGGAGUACUGCGACAUCAGCAACGACAAGGCGCUGUCUCUGCAAGAGCUGAUGGGUUGUCUUGGAGUGACCAAGGAAGACGGGGCCAAACCAGGAGAUGGCUUAUCUUCCAGUAAACUAAAUCCCUCAAAGAAGCAAGGUUAAGCCUGACAACUGAGAUUUCCCCUUUUCUCACGGAGAAUCUGCCCUGACCAAUCGGCAAUAAUGGAAACCAUAGUAUUUGCACUUUGUACUUUAAAAAAAAAAUGUAAAUUCACUUUGUAGAAAUAAGGUAUUUAAACAGACUGCUGAAUCUGUGAAUGAUGUAGUUAGCGUUUUAUGUCCUGACAAACAAAAAAUAUUUUACACAUACAAUGUAUGUGUCCUUUGUGCGUUUAAAAAAGUGUGCUUUUCAAAGUUGUACAAGUUUUCAUGUUUGAUGUUGUAUUUUGUGCCCCUUUGCGAAGUUUACUUUUCCUUUCAUGUUGAUGAUAUUAAAGCGGAUAUAUGGAUAGUUUGCUACACGGCUACAAUAACUUAGACCAUGCCAUCUCUCAUGUACUGACCUAUUGCAUUUUUUCCUGUGCUUUGUAAAGCAGUUUGCAAGAAUGUUUUAAAGAUACAUCAUAAAAACGUCCUACAUGUUCACAUAUAUUCAUGUUUAUUAGAAAUAAAGAACUCUUUUAUACAUUUUGUUCUUUGCGAGUGUCAAAGACGCUGAAUUAGGUCAGCAAAUUCCUUUCUCUCUAAUCCAAUUAGUCUUCUAUAUUUUUUCUCGUUAUAUAAAUCUUGUAAUGUCUUUGCCAUUUUGUGUUUUCUUUUGGUGUCUUUAAUAAAACACCUUGUUGA